CCAGCGCGGCGUCGGUGGUGGCCCUGCUCCGCAGCGCAACUUCACGGGGCGGAAUUAAGCGGCGCCCCUCGGCACGGCACGGCGCGCCCUGUCUCGCCUCGCCUCGCCUCGGCAGGGCCGCACUGGCGGCGGAGCGGCAGCGCCGGGUGCCGCGGCCGCCUCCCUGGGGCGGGCUGACAUGAGAUCAUUGUCGGCGGCGCCAGCAUGGCCUCUGUCAAGAGUUGCGGCCGGGCUGGGCCGAGGGACGAGGAGGCGAACGGCGACCUGGACCGCUCGCUGCAGCAGAUGCUGCGGGCGAUAGCGGAGGAGCGGAGCCGCGCCGGGCUCCGCCAGGAGAUCAGCGGCCUGGGGUGUUUCAAAGAUGACCGCAUUGUGUUCUGGACUUGGAUGUUUUCAACGUAUUUUAUGGAGAAAUGGGCCCCCCGGCAAGAUGAUAUGCUUUUUUACGUCCGUCGAAAACUAUCCUAUGCCAGUGGUGAUAGCACAGAGGGGAAAAAGCAGGUUGAAGUUGAGGUUUACCGCAGAGAUUCCAAGAAGCUUCCUGGCCUGGGAGACCCUGACAUUGACUGGGAAGAGAGUGUCUACUUGAACCUCAUUCUACAAAAGCUGGAUUAUGUGGUAACUUGUGCUGUCUGCACACGAUCAGAUGGAGGAGAUAUUCACAUUCACAAAAAGAAAUCUCAGCAAGUGUUCGCAUCUCCUAGCAAGCACCCAAUGGACAGCAAAGGAGAAGAGUCAAAAAUGAGCUACCCCAACAUAUUCUUCAUGAUUGACAGUUUUGAAGAGGUUUUCAGUGACAUGACUGUGGGUGAAGGAGAAAUGGUUUGUGUGGAGCUGGUGGCCAGUGACAAAAGCAACACCUUUCAAGGGGUGAUUUUUCAGGGGUCCAUCCGCUAUGAAGCACUCAAGAAAGUCUAUGACAAUAGGGUGAGUGUUGCAGCUAAGAUGGCUCAAAGGAUGUCAUUUGGCUUUUAUAAGUAUAGCAACAUGGAGUUUGUCCGAAUGAAAGGACCACAAGGGAAAGGACAUGCAGAGAUGGCAGUGAGCAGAGUUUCUACUGGUGACACCUCGCCAUAUGGGACAGAGGAGGAUUCAAAUCCAGAAUCCCCGGUGCAUGAGAGAGUCACUUCUUUCAGCACACCACCAACCCCAGAGCGAAACAAUCGCCCAUCCUUUUUCUCCCCAUCUCUCAAGAGAAAAGUGCCCCGAAACCGAAUUGCUGAAAUGAAAAAAUCCCACUCAGCAAAUGACAGUGAGGAAUUCUUCAGAGAUGAUGAUGGUGGAGAUCUGCACAAUGCAACAAAUCUGAGAUCACGGUCCUUAUCUGGAACAGGACGGUCUUUGGUUGGCUCAUGGCUGAAAUUGAACAGAACAGAUGAAAAUUUUCUACUCUAUGCACACUUAACUUAUGUCACUUUGCCAUUGCAUCGAAUUUUAACAGAUAUCCUGGAAGUGCGGCAGAAACCAAUCCUGAUGACAUAGCAGAGAGCGGGGCACUGCCUUGGAGUCUUGUUGCCAAGUGCCUAACCACAGCGGUUUUCUGUGAUAGCACUACCAUCUAGUGUCAGGAACGCAAACCUCCACAGGAAAAAGGGAAGUCAAAGAAUACCAGCCAAACAAAAGUGCCUCUUUCUUCCUUCCUCUGCUGUCGUACACCACCUGCACACUUGCAGUACAUCACUUCAGUGUUUCUGACUGGAAGAGGACUUUCAGAAAAACAAAAUGAGAAGGGGCUGUAUUUAAAACAAAUCGAUGCUUUAUGAACAGUUUGUUACUGUGUUUACUUUAUAACUAAGAAACCAACAACAUGUACAGAAUGUGUUGAACUUUAUAUUCUUUAAGAGAAACAACUUGAGAAUUUCAUAAUGAUGUACUAAUGAAAGGCAUUCCACGGACUCCUGCCCAUGCUCUCCUUGUUGGUUUGGCUUAAUAUGCGCGUAAACUCAUGUGUUUGUUGGGAUUCACGAGAUGAGAGAAUAGCUUACUACUGUGGAAGGUAAAGGAAGAAGAUGCUAUAACGAUACAUUGCCAUUUUGGUAUGUGCAAUGGGUCAGUUUGGAGUUUAAAAUAUGCUUAAAAUGUUCCCAUUUGUUUGUGUGUCAAUGUUAGUAGGACAGGUGAACUCUGCUGACAGAUUUCUGUAUCUACCAAAGAACAGCAACAUUUUCAUCCUCAAGAACUGUGUAAAAAUGAGCCAUUGGGAAAAAGGCUAAAAUGUGCUGCUAUAGUAAAGCCGAGGUUCGUAUCCUGUACUACUGCUGCUUAUCUCUGUUAGCUAAGUCGAUCUGAGCUCAAGUCUAAAAUGGAAAAGUAGGAGGUAGUUAUAGGACUUCAGAACUGAAAACCUUACCAAUUACCAACAUCCUCCGGCAUUCGCAAGACUUCAGAGUAAGAAAGAUGUCCUUGCAGUAGUGUUUGGAGCUAAGGAGGGCACAAAAGCCGAUUAACAUCUAGGCAGCUUUCCCAGAUUCUUCAUUUCCUGGUGAUGCUUCUUUGCACUGUAGCGUGCUGAAGCACAAAGGGUUUUCUUUAAAGACAAAAGAUAUAAAUGUGAUUCUGCUCUGAAAAGUGACUAAGAAUAGCAUAAUGGGAGGUUGGAACUGUGUGUCAGGAGCUCUCAGGCAAAAAAGCCUUAUGUUUACAGGUAAAAUGCAGCUUUGUGUAAAUGCAGCAGAGUGGGACUCUGCUAUCCAUGAUGUCUGAAAGCUAAAUACUGAAUGAGUACAGAGACUACUGCAGUCCAAUUAAGUGGGUCGAGAUGGGAGCCAGUCGAUACUUCAGUUUAUUUACAACUGCUUAAGUGGCACAGCAAAGGGAGGGUAGCAUGUCGCUUAGAGCGUGUGAGGCUCUAGUAUACGCACAAAGGGAGACCUGUGGAGAGCGAAGAUGCCGUUUUUGUCGCUUUUCAGAUUCUCGGCACCUAAGCUCUACCCUUGGCAACACAGUUACCAAGAUGGCAUGUGCUCUGAGCCUGGAUCUUUUUUGUCUCCCUCAUACCCAAUCAUUCCUGAAGUGCUUUGUUAUAAUUCUCUCGAUAGCAUCUCAUGGCUUAACCUCUCAAAUAGGACUGUCUGCUUUUUACUUCUGGCCAGAUUCCAGGAAAUAGCUCCACUUCAGCAUAAAGACAGAUUAACUUUAUCGUUCAGCCCAACAUGAUGAACCAAGCAUGAUAAGGAGGUCUUUUUUUUUGUUGAGGUUAGGCCUGGAAGCAGUCACCAUCAUGCAGAGGAUGACAUUUCUAACACUGGCAGCAUGAGUGCGUGACAGGGACGGCAGACCAGUUUUUAGCUUGCUUCAGAUAUGUUGCAGCAGCAUUAGAAAAGUGUUCACUUUGGCAUUACCAGCACAGCAGCUGUUCAUGUUGCAGACUUUGAACUUUGCUCCUUCAGGAGCAAAGUGUGUGUGCGUGUGUGUGUGUGUGCGCGCGCGUGUGUCAAAAUGUCUAACUUGAGGCAUGUAAUCUGGGUGCCUACGCUUCCUACCAAAUCCAGAGGGAGAGAAGUGGAACUGAGAGAGCUGAAUUGCCCUCUCAAGAAACUGUAUAGGCAAUCUAGGGGCUUACCUGAUAUCCUAGGUAGUAUGUUUAAUGUCAGACAGUACAAAUUUUCUCCCUAUGUACUUCUCUCCCCACCCCCAAUAUCUAUGCCAAGAUAUCUAAACCAUGGUUCAGCUAGAAGACCCUUUUCCAAUCCUACUUCUUAGCCUGUCACUUUCUGCACUUUGAUACCAUUGGACUGAGCAAAACAUUGCAGUUUUCCUUCAAAUAUUCAUUGGGGAGGGAAGGGAGAGAGGUUAAUAUUUUCACUACUACUGGCAAUUGAUACGUUUCAGUCAAAGAGCCAGAGGAAUAAAAAACAGGAAAUAAAUUCAAAUCAGAACCUGAGUCGUAGGAACCUGAAUACUGCUAAGUCUACAGCAGUCGUUUUUAAUACUUUCUUGAUGUCCAUGUAGUAAGACUCGGUAGCUUAAUUUCCUUUCAUCUGAAAUCUUGAACAGGUUUUGCUGCAGAAGACUUCAGAAUACGUGGCAAAUGAAGAAAGAUUCUAAAAUAGUACGUUAGUGCAAAGGUAAUGUUACAAAAAGUGCAGUGCAGAUCCUACAUCUGUUAUGCAGUGUGCUUUGCUACAUCUACAGGGAUGAAUUCUAGUGAUGUCCAGUUUUUGAAGGGCUGCAAUAUAAAAGUCCUAAAGCGAGUUAGUUGAUUUAUUUUUAUCCUGCUAUGGGUACCUUGAAGCCUCACCUUAUUUAGUAGAAAUGGGCUAUGCGUAUGCCCAGGUGGGCGGGCAUCCAUCCAUAGGAAAUAGAUCAAAAAGUCUACUGAAUGUCAAUAGAGCUUUUAAGAAGUAAGUAGGUAUACCAGAUAUUCAAAUACCUUCUCUCUAAGAAACUGAAAUAGAGUUUUUAGGUAUAGCCCCUGCUGAUCACUUUCUGUUAUCAAGUGUUAAAAGAAAAAAAAGUGUUUUGUUUUGCUUUUAAAUAAACCCUUAAUUACAAUUGAUUGUCCUCAUACAGACAGAUUCACAGGGAAGAUGGUAGAAGUUUUGCCUGUUUGAAGAUGGCACAGCUCGAGCCUUAGCAUGCUGUUGCUGCACUAUACCAAAAAAGAAAAGGGAAUGUUAGAAACUUCUGACCUUUUUAAUUUGGAGAGUUUUCUCAUUCAUAGUUCCUAAGCAGUAAACCAAUAGAUCUUAGCCUCUAAAAGCCACUUAAAUAUUUGCUGAGAAAUAAACUAGUGUGUUCUACAUACCAUAAAGACUGCAACAAAGUGUAGCAGUUGAUGUCUUGACUUUUGGAGUAGCAGCAAGUUUCUUUAGGUAUGUUGAGGCUUGAUAACAGUUUCUUGCAAGAAAGCACCACAGUUAAAUCUGGGAAGCUUUACAGAGCUGUUUUAUUUGUUUACAGAAUCCCAGUGCAUCUCACACACAGUUAAUUUCUUCCAUCCUUCUGCCCAUUCACUUUUGCGGGAGAUCUGUGGCUUAUUGCUUGAACUAGCCACAGAAGGUGUGUAUUGACAGGUGUGAAAUGCAAGGUUGUAAAUCUUUUCAACCUUAACAGAUUUUCACUGCUGUCAAUCUAACAAGUAAAAAGACUUUUUUGUUUUCUUGGAGGUUUUAAAGAAAACCUCUUAAAUCAACUAUUUUGUAUUAGCAGAUUAUUGCUCUGCUUUAGAGACCACAGCGUAUGUGAAGUUGCGUUCUCUCAUUGGCAGCCAACACAGGAUGGGUUCCAAGUCUCCUCUUAAAAGAAGCCAUUUUUAGAAAUGUAACAAAUCUUUCAGCUGUCUUGGCUGAUCCAGUUUGUGUGAGGUUGUGUUCCUUCUCUUUUUAUUCCCUUGCUCUUCAUUGUUUACAAGGUUUGAGCAUGUUGGGAUGUGGAUCACUGUCGCAUGCGGUUUUCCACUUCUGGGCACAGUGCGCUUUGCUGAGAAGAGAGUAGUUUUUAAGGGUGAUGUUUCAGAGUCAAAGGGUUUUCCCAAAGUAUAUUCUUAUACCAAGCUUUAAUUUAAAAAAAAAAAAAAAGGUGAAGUCCUUGGCUCUGUAAAUGGAUUUCUGCUGGCAGACUCUUAUGUAUAUUCUAGUCCCUGAAGUUCUGUAUGGAUGUAAAGGCCACUUAAAAUACACUUUUAAACUAUUAAACUGCUUCUUGCUGGUUACUAAUUUUUCACUUUCCCAGAUGAUUGUUUGUAAUUUUAUAGCCUAAAAUUCCCUCUUGUUAAAGAUAGAUAAAAUUUUCAGAAGUGCCUAAGCAGUGUUGUUAACUAGCGGGGCUUAAGAACAAAUUUUUGUUUAGGAAAUAAGUACUCUUAAACUCUAUCUGUAUUGUGUGUAGCAGCAUUGAGAAAUGACAAAUUCAGAAUUCUUGGAAGAACUGGACUCACCCUUCACACUAGAAAGAUUCUCAUGGUCUCCGGAGGUCACUAAAAGCUCUGGAAAAUGGGUUUCUUGUGAUCACAGCGGUCAGAUAUCUGUGAAUGCCUUAUCUUGUAUUGUGAGAUAUGACUGGAAAAAGUAUGUGGCAUUGGUAUACAGAAGUUCUCUGUCAAAAAUAGGAGCAGUAGAAUCAAGGUAAAAGUAUUGUUCAAUAAGUAGCUUUUACACCAAACCUUAAGUGAAAAAGUGUUUCAUACCAGAAUGUAGCUGUAUGGAUGCUUGAUCAAGAUAAUACAAGGCUGCAAGUAGGUUACAAGGUUUAAUGUUCUCUGUGUAAAUAUAUAAAUAUUUAUGCACAUGUUGCAUGGUUUGUUUGGGGUUUUUUGGCCUCAUUGAUCAUCAGUAUUGAUUUAAAAGAUGAUCAGUUGAAAAAUCAUAUGGGCACUGUUCCUGAGCCCUCCGAACGAGCAAGGAGAAUCUUUGUGCACCAAAAAUGGAAUUGACUUUACGUAUGGCAGCAGCAAAGAAAGUGUGGGACUCUGCAGCCAAUAAAGAGACCUCUUAAAUGACCAUGAGUUUUGUUAAUAGUAUAUUAUUAUUAUUACCAUUUUACUAAUAGUUUCUUUCCUUUUGUGCCUAGUGGUGUUUGAGUUUGAAUGUAUUCUCGGCUGGUGGCAAGCCUGAGCAUUGAAAUAACACUCUGUGGCACUUUGGACAAAGCCCAACUUUCUGAUAAUGCUUGUUGAAUCUUUUAAUGAUCAGCCUCUAACAACUACACAUUGUAUAAGGGAGAAGAAGUUAAAGGUCAAUGUACUCCUGAACUGAUUUUAAAAGGCUUGUUUUGUUUUGUUUUUUCCAUUAAAUACUGGCAUUAAAAAAAGUCUUUCUGAA